AUCACGCCGCGAUAUAACGUUUACUUGGUCACAAUGGGCAAGAAGCGCGUUCUGAUUUCAUACGGUGUCGACGUUGAUGCCGUUGCGGGAUGGUUAGGGUCGUAUGGAGGAGAAGAUAGCACGAGUGACAUUAGCCGUGGUAUCUUCGCAGGCACCAUCGGCACUCAACGACUCUUGAAGAUGUUCAAGAAGCACGACAUCAAGACAACAUGGUUUAUACCAGGUCACAGUCUAGAGACAUUUCCCGAGGACAUGGCGGCAGUGCGCGAUGCGGGACAUGAAAUCGGCCUGCACGGAUACAGCCAUGAAAACCCGGUGGAUAUGACGAUUGAGCAACAGCGAGAUGUCCUCGACAAAACAUAUCGCAUGUUGACAGAAUUCGCUGGGAAGCCGCCAAGGGGUAGUGUAGCACCGUGGUGGGAGACUAGUCAGGAAGGCGCUGAACUGCUUCUUUCCUAUGGUAUAGAGUACGACCACAGUAUGAGCCAUCACGACUGUCAGCCAUACUUCCUUCGAACCGGAGAUUCCUGGACGAAAAUCGAUUACAAGAAGAAGGCGGAGGAGUGGAUGAAACCACUUGUAGCUGGUCGCGAAACUGGCUUGGUUGAGAUUCCUGCAAAUUGGUACAUUGACGACCUUCCUCCGAUGAUGUUCAUCAAAGCAUCACCAAACAGCCAUGGUUUUGUGAAUGCGAGGGACGUGGAAGACCUAUGGAGGGACCAUUUCGAUUAUUUCUACCGCGAAUACGACGAGUUCAUUUUUCCUAUCACUAUUCACCCUGAUGUAUCUGGCCGACCGCAUGUGCUGCUCAUGCAUGAAAGGCUCAUUGAACACUUCAAGAAGCACGAGGGUGUGGAAUUCGUUACCAUGGAACAGAUUUCAGAUGACUUCAAGAGCAAGAACAAGCCGGCUGAGGGAGCUUGGAUGCCCGCUGAGCCAGGUCUGAAAUUGAAGAAAUAGAAUGCAAUGUAAAUGAAUUCAUGAUCAAAAACAAUGCUCCCCAAUUCACCCCGGUUGUGAUGUGAUGAAUAAACUGACUCGAGGAAGCAUUACGUCAUACACUGUACGCAUGCUUGAACAAAACCCCGACGCCGAAUCCUAUUGCAACGUACCCCUACCAGUCAUUUCCUCGAAAGACGCGGAGGACCGGCAACUCGGAAACGGUCAAGUCCCUUGGCGAGAUAUACCCCAAGAUAAACUAAUACUUACCGUUCGCAUAGGCAGGAGUUGGGGUCUCGUCGCGUGUGACUCCAAAAGUUCUAUCGC